AUGUACACCGGAAAGACCGUUUCCCCGCCCAAGAAAGGCAAGCACUUCCUGCACCUGGACGACUUCUCAAAGGACGAGCUCCUGGACAUGCUGGAGCGCGGCGCCCACGCCAAGCAGCGGCUCUACGCGCGCGACGAGUCGUUCAAGCCCUUUGCCGGCCGCACCAUGGCAAUGAUCUUCACCAAGCCCUCCGCCCGCACGCGCGUGUCCUUCGAGACGGGCUUCUUCCGCCUGGGCGGCCACGCUGUGUACCUCGACCCAAACACCAUCCAGAUCGGCAAGCGCGAGCCGACAAAGGACAUCGCGCGCGUGCUGUCCGGCUACAACGACGCCAUAAUGGCGCGGCUUUUUGGCCACGCGGAUCUCAUAGAGCUAGCCGAGUUCAGCAGCGUGCCGGUCGUCAACGGGCUCACGGAUUACAACCACCCCUGCCAGGUCAGCGGCGGCGGCGGCGGCGCGGGGGCGGGAUGGCGCGCGGGCCGGACGGCGCGGCCCGGCGCAGCUGGGCGGCUCGGAGCGGGGAUCAUGGCGGACGUGCUGACGAUCUCCGAGGUUAAGGGGAAGUUUGAGGGGCUCAAGGUGGCCUACGUUGGCGACGGCAACAACAUGGUGCACUCGUGGCUGCGGCUGGCCGCGCGCAUUCCCUACGAGUUUGUCUGCAUCUGCCCCCCCGGCUACGAGCCCGACGAGGGCACCGUGGCGCUGGCCAAGGCGGCCGGCAUCAGUGACGUCACCGUGACGUCAGACCGCAACGCCGUCAAGGGCGCUGACGUCAUCUACACUGACGUGUGGGCGAGCAUGGGGCAGAAGGAGACGCUGGAGGUCAAAAUGAGGGACUUUGCGCCCUACCAGGUCAACCAGGACCUCAUGGCCCUGGCCGGCCCUCAGUGCACCUUCAUGCACUGCCUGCCCGCGGAGCGCGGCUUGGAGACUGUCGACGCCGUGAUGGAGAGCGCUGCCAGCGUGGUCUUCCAGCAGGCGGAGAACCGCAUGCACGCGCAGAACGGCAUCAUGUUGCACUGCUUCGCCUGA